UUCAGCAACACUUAUUUCUUGCGUAGUGUUAUUUCUUCUCUUAUUGUUUUUAUUAAUUCCAUCAAUGAUGAAAAAUUCGGAAAGGCAAUUAAUUUUUAAGUUGAACAGAAAAAUCCCAGAUAUAACUUCGUAUUCCGAAUUACUGAAUAUUCAAUUUGUUGUGAAGUUAUCUUCAACAAACAUAGGAGUGAGAGUUUUAAGUAUAGUCAUUACUAAAAGAUCAUUUAUUCAGUGUCUAAGCUUUAUAGUCUCGUUCUUCGUAUUCAUGCUUCAACUUAAACAACUUUCUCUUAAGAAGGUAAAUUUUGGAUAUUCAGAAAAAAUAAAUAUCAUCGCUAAUGAGAGUUCAUCUAUUUCAUAUUAUUUAUUAUAAAAAAUGUU